GGGGCGGCCAGUACCCCGGCACUUCCUAGUCUCCUGCCUCGUCCCUCUCCCCCGGCCCGGCAGCUGGCGGAGUGCUGCGGGGCCGGUCUGGUCUGGGCUGCUAUUCUGCUGCCGGACCCGGGGCUGGACGCGGAGAGCGGGGCGCUGUCUCCCAGAGCCCCCAUCCCCUGUGGUUCCAGCCAGCCGAUGGCCCUAGGCCAACCCCAAGUCCCCAGGCUGGUGGUGUGGUGUCUGUUCCUUGGCUGAGCAGAGGCAGUGGGUCUUCCCUGUGUAGCCAGGCGGGUCCCACAGCAGGGGCUGAGCCACCCUCAUGGAAGGGAGAGGACCAUACCGGAUCUACGACCCUGGGGGCAGCGUGCCUCCGGGAGAGGCCUCUGCAGCUUUUGAGCGUCUAGUGGAGGAGAAUUCCCGACUGAAGGAAAAAAUGCAAGGGAUAAAGAUGUUAGGAGCACCAGAAAUGGGGAGAGCUGGCUGGCAUCACCAGGGCAACCAGGGGGAGCUUUUGGAAGAGUCCCAGAUGGAAGCAUCCAGGCUGCGGCAGAAGGCAGAGGAGUUGGUCAGGGACAGUGAGCUGCUCCCACCACCAUCUCCCUCUUUGGCCUCCUUCGACCACCUGGCUGAGCUCACAGGAAAGGAUGCAGAUGUCCCAGCACCCCCCUCUGACCUUGCACACCCCAGCAGCCAACCAGAGCCAGUCCCCAAACCUCCAUCCAGUGGCACCUCUGAAUUUGAAGUGGUCCCCACUGAGGAGCAGAAUUCUCCCCCAGGGAGCCAUGGCCACACCAGAAACAUGAUGGAGCUGGGCCCCCUGCCCCAUGAGGACAGCAAUCUGCUCCUGCACCUGCAGCGCCUGGAGACCACCCUGAGCGUGUGCGCCGAGGAGCCGGACCACAGCCAGCUCUUCACCCACCUGGGCCGCAUGGCCCUCGAGUUCAACCGGCUUGCCUCCAAGGUGCACAGGAAUGAGCAGCGCACCUCCAUCCUGCAGACCCUGUGUGAGCAGCUUCGGAAGGAGAAUGAAGCCCUGAAGGCCAAGCUGGACAAGGGCCUGGAACAGCGGGAUCAGGCCGCUGAGAGGCUGCGGGAGGAAAACAUGGAGCUCAAGAAGUUGUUGAUGAGCGGUGCCAAAGAGCGGGCCUCUGGGUGGCCAGGCUCACCAAAGAUGGAAGGUGCAGGCAAGAAGGGAGCCUCCGGACAGCAGGCUAGUGUCACAGCAGCUAAGGUCCCAGAGGUGGGAGCCUUGGGUGCAGCUGAGAAGAAGGUGAAGGUACUGGAGCAGCAGCGCACUGAGCUGCUCGAGGUGAACAAGCAAUGGGACCAGCACUUCCGGUCCAUGAAGCAGCAAUAUGAACAGAAGAUUACUGAGCUGCGUCAGAAGCUGGCGGACCUGCAGAAGCAGGUGACUGACCUGGAGGCUGAGCGGGAACAGAAGCAGCGUGACUUUGACCGCAAGCUCCUCCUUGCCAAGUCCAAGAUUGAAACAGAGGAGGCAAACAAAGAGCAGCUGACAGCAGAGGCCAGGGAGCUGCGCCAGAAGGUCAGGUACCUGCAGGACCAGCUAAGCCCGCUCACCCGGCAGCGGGACUACCAGGAAAAGGAGAUCCAGCGGCUCAACAAGGCCCUGGAAGAAGCGCUGAGCAUCCAGGCCUCCCCAUCGUCUCCACCCACAGCAUUUGGGAGCCCCGAAGGAGCUAGGGGCCUCCUGAGGAAACAGGAGCUGGUCACGCAGAAUGAAUUGCUGAAACAGCAGGUGAAGAUCUUUGAGGAGGACUUCCAGCGUGAGCGCAGUGAUCGAGAGCGUAUGAAUGAGGAGAAGGAAGAGCUGAAGAAGCAGGUGGAGAAACUGCAGGCCCAGGUCACGCUGUCGAAUGCCCAGAUGAAAGCAUUCAAAGACGAGGAGAAGGUGAAAGAAGCCCUCAAACAGAAGAGGAAAGCAAAGGCUUCAGCAGAACGCUACCACGUGGAGCCGCACCCGGAGCACCUCUGUGGGGCCUACCCCUAUGCCUACCCUCCUGUGCCAGCCGUGGUGUCACACCAUGGCUUUGAGGACUGGUCCCAGAUCCGCUACCCACCACCCGCCAUGGCCGUGGAGCACCCGCCCCCACUCCCCAAUUCACGCCUCUUCCACCUGCCAGAAUACACCUGGCGGCCACCUUGUGGAGGAAUGCACAAUCAGAGUUCCCAAGUGAUUGAGUUUCCCACAGCCCGGCCUGCAGAACCAGGAGAAUCCACAAAAAAUGACCGGGAGGGGCCUCAGUGAGACCAGAUCGCAUUGCUUUCCUCCGUCCUCGUCUCACAGAGCCAGCUGACCUCAGAUUAUGGAAAAACUAGAGGCCACUUGUUUGUGGCCAGAGCCUCAGCUGGACGGGAGACUGAAAUGGGCUGCCAGCUCGCGCCUCAGCCUGACCUGAGCUGUGCAGACUGGGAAGGCUCCACCCAGAAGGCUUCCAUCUGGGCUCCUCCUGUGGAGUAAACAGGAAAGACUCAACACCCUGCCGCCUAGAGGAGAGGCCACGUCCAGUUUUGACAUGCCAUCCUUUGCAGAAGCCAAGGGGACGUCAAUCUCAAGAGUGGGGGCAUCCAAGACCCCUUCCUUCCAAAAUUCCCCCAGAAGUGGUUCCAGCCCCUCUGGGGACCACAUUCAGUCCAUGUGUGUUCAAGUUUUGCUUCAAGCUCUGUAGCAGCAGGACCUGCCCCACAGCCAUAGCUUCCCCUCUGUGCGGAGCUGUAGGGAGAGCAGGUUCGCCUCCAGGAGCAGAAGAGAAUGACAGCAUGUUCCACUGCAGGGCCCUCCACUACUACCCACAGCCGCUCCGCCAGUGCCCUCACAGCCUGGGAGAAGGGCCGUGCCAGCCGCAUCCCCUGAGGGGCCCAGCCUGAAGUACCUGGGCCCCGAACCCGGUGGCUGGAGGCUUGUGGUGCCAGAGGCCCGGACUGGGGUGACUGUCUGUCCCUAGGCCGCUCUUUGCACGAAUCUUGGACAUAAAUCCAAGUUAAGAUGAA